UUUCUUAUAUUGCUGGAUUGCUCACUGGCCGUCCAAACUCUAAGGCUGUUGGACCAAAUGGAGAAAGCCUUGAUGCAAUGGAGGCUUUUCAACAAGCUGGCAUUCCUUCUGGGUUCUUUGAAUUGCAGCCUAAAGAAGGUCUUGCUCUUGUCAAUGGCACUGCUGUUGGUUCUGGAUUGGCUUCGAUUGUUCUGUUUGAGGCCAAUAUUUUGGCUGUUUUGUCUGAGAUUUUGUCAGCCAUUUUUGCUGAGGUUAUGCAAGGAAAGCCUGAAUUCACCGAUCAUUUGACUCACAAAUUGAAGCAUCAUCCUGGUCAGAUCGAGGCUGCUGCAAUUAUGGAACACAUCUUGGAUGGAAGUUCUUACAUGAAAACUGCAAAGAAAUUGCAUGAAACCGAUCCUCUCCAGAAGCCAAAGCAAGAUCGUUAUGCUCUUAGAACUUCUCCUCAAUGGCUUGGUCCAUUGAUUGAAGUUAUUCGAUUCUCAACAAAAUCUAUCGAAAGAGAGAUUAACUCAGUCAACGACAACCCUUUGAUUGAUGUUUCAAGGAACAAGGCGAUCCAUGGAGGCAACUUCCAAGGAACUCCAAUUGGUGUCUCCAUGGACAACACUCGUUUGGCCGUUGCUUCAAUUGGAAAGCUCAUGUUUGCUCAAUUCUCAGAGCUUGUCAAUGAUUUCUACAACAAUGGAUUGCCUUCAAAUCUCUCUGCAAGCAGAAACCCAAGUUUAGAUUAUGGAUUUAAAGGUGCUGAGAUUGCCAUGGCUUCCUAUUGCUCUGAGCUUCAAUAUCUUGCAAAUCCAGUGACUAGCCAUGUACAGAGCGCCGAGCAACACAACCAAGAUGUUAACUCGCUGGGUUUAAUCUCUUCAAGGAAAACAGCCGAAGCCCUUGAUAUUUUAAAACUCAUGUCUUCCACCUUUUUGGUUGCCCUCUGCCAAGCAAUCGACUUGAGGCAUUUGGAAGAAAACUUGAAGAACACUGUGAAAAACUGUGUUAGCCAAACAGCCAAGAAAGUGUUGACCACAUCCUCUAAUGGAGCGCUUCACCCAUCAAGGUUUUGUGAGAAAGAUCUUCUAAAAGUUGUGGACAGAGAGCACACCUUUGCUUAUAUCGAUGAUCCAUGCAGUGCCACUUACCCAUUGAGCCAAAAGUUGAGGCAAGUCCUUGUUGAGCACGCACUUGGCAAUGGUGAUUGUGAAAAGGACGCAGACACUUCAAUCUUCCAAAAGAUUGGUGCUUUUGAGGAGGAACUAAAGGCGGUGUUACCAAAAGAAGUUGAAAAUGCAAGGUUGUCGUACGAAAGUGGAAAUUCCAAAAUUGAGAAUCAGAUAAAGGACUGCAGAUCUUAUCCAUUGUAUAGGUUUGUGAGAGAAGAAUUGGGAACAAAUCUGGUGACCGGAGAAAAAGUGAUAUCUCCAGGAGAAGAGUGCGAGAAGGUAUUCACAGCUCUGUGUGAAGGGAAGAUAAUCGACUGUAUGUUAGAGUGCUUGAAAGAGUGGAAUGGUGCUCCAAUUCCAAUCUGCUAAUCCUUUGCUGCACAUGGAAGCCAAUCAAUGAUAUUUAAAAGAUUAAUUUUUAUACUAUUUUUUCUAGAUUAUUGUAUCCUCUUUCCUUUUACCCAAAUGAAUGAAAAGGAAUAAAAUUGUUCUUUCCUAGUCGAAAAAUUGUUGACAUCCGUAUGAGAAACGUUGUAUUUUGUUGUUAUUAUUCUUUUGUUUUUUCUACCACAUAUUUAUCCAAGGAAAUUCAAUUUAAUUAA